ACCCUGUGUGGACAGUAAUGACCGCACGUUUCCGAUUGCCUGCUGGCAGAACCUACAAUGUACGAGCAUCUGAGCUGGCACGAGACAGGCAGCAUACGGAGGUGGUCUGCAACAUUCUUCUCCUGGAUAACACUGUACAAGCUUUCAGAGUUAAUAAACAUGAUCAGGGACAAGUUCUAUUGGAUGUAGUCUUCAAGCAUCUCGAUUUGACAGAGAGAGAUUACUUUGGUUUACAGUUGGCUGAUGAAUCUACUGAUAACCCUAGGUGGCUGGAUCCAAACAAACCUAUCAGGAAACAAUUAAAAAGAGGAUCUCCUCACAGUUUGAACUUCAGAGUUAAGUUUUUUGUAAGUGACCCAAACAAGCUCCAAGAAGAAUAUACAAGGUACCAGUAUUUUUUACAAAUUAAACAGGACAUUCUUACUGGAAGAUUGCCGUGUCCUUACAAUACUGCUGCUCUUCUGGCUUCCUAUGCUGUUCAGUCCGAGCUGGGAGACUACAACCAUUCAGAAAACUUGCCAGGCUACCUCUCAGACUAUUCUUUCAUCCCUAGCCAGCCUCAAGACUUUGAAAAAGAAAUAGCAAAAUUACAUCAGCAGCACAUAGGGUUGUCUCCUGCAGAAGCAGAGUUCAGUUAUCUCAAUACAGCACGUACCUUAGAACUUUAUGGAGUUGAAUUGCACUAUGCUAGGGAUCAGAGUAACAAUGAAAUAAUGAUUGGAGUGAUGUCAGGUGGAAUACUAAUUUUUAAGAACAGAGUACGAAUUAACACUUUUCAGUGGUUGAAGAUUGUAAAAAUUUCUUUUAAGUGCAAGCAGUUUUUUAUUCAACUUAGGAAAGAAUUGCAUGAAUCUAGGGAAACGUUACUGGGAUUCAAUAUGGUGAAUUACCGAGCAUGUAAGAAUUUGUGGAAAGCUUGUGUGGAACAUCACACAUUCUUCCGUUUGGACAGACCACUCCCCCCUCAGAAGAACUUUUUUGCACAUUAUUUCACUUUGGGUUCCAAGUUCCGGUACUGUUUGGUUUUGUUUUCCAGUGGGAGAACAGAGGUCCAGUCUGUGCAGUAUGGUAAAGAAAGAGCAAACAAAGACAGGGUAUUUGCAAGAUCCCCCAGUAAACCCUUGGCACGGAAAUUAAUGAGUGGGAUGGACUGGGAAGUAGUGAGUAGGAAUUCACUGUCUGAUGAUAGGUUGGAAACACAAAGCCUACCAUCACGGUCUCCACCUGGAACUCCCAAUCAUCGCAACUCUGCCUUCACUCAAGAAGGAGCCCGGUUACGACCCUCAUCAGUUGGACAUUUAGUGGACCAUGUAGUUCACACAUCCCCAAGUGAAGUAUUUGUAAAUCACAGAUCUCCAUCUUCCACCCAGGCUAAUAGCAUCAUACUGGAAUCGUCACCAUCUCAAGAGACUCCUAUAGAUGGGCAGCCUCCUGCAUUACCACCCAAACAAUUUAAAAAGAACAGUUGGAACCAAAUUCAUCAUUCUUACUCACAGCAAGAACUGGAUAACCAUAUUAAUGAAACAUUUGAUGUUCCUGCAUCACCAGAAAAAUCCACACCCAAUGGUGGUGUCCCCCAUGACAAUCUCGUUAUGAUCAGAAUGAAGCCAGAUGAAAAUGGAAGGUUUGGCUUCAAUGUAAAGGGUGGAUAUGAUCAGAAGAUGCCAGUAAUAGUGUCCAGGGUAGCUCCAGGAACACCUGCUGAUCUCUGUGUCCCCCGUCUGAAUGAAGGGGACCAGGUUGUACUGAUUAACGGCAGGGAUAUAGCAGAACAUACCCAUGAUCAAGUUGUUAUGUUUAUUAAAGCUAGCUGUGAGAGACACUCAGGGGAACUUGUGCUCCUAGUUCGACCCAAUGCGGUCUAUGAUGUUGUGGAAGAGAAGCUGGAGAGCGAGCCUGACUUCCAGUACAUCCCUGAGAAAUCUCCACUUGAUGGUGUCCAUCAAGAUGAUAAUGCUCUGAGAGAAUCCAUGAUUCAGCUAGCAGAGGGGCUUAUCACUGGAACUGUUUUGGCUCAGUUUGAUCAAUUGUAUAGGAAAAAGCCUGGAAUGACAAUGUCUUGUGCAAGAUUACCUCAAAACAUUUCCAAAAAUAGAUACAGAGACAUUUCGCCUUAUGAUGCUACACGGGUUAUUUUAAAAAGUAAUGAAGAUUACAUCAAUGCAAAUUAUAUAAAUAUGGAAAUCCCUUCUUCCACAAUAAUAAACCAGUACAUUGCUUGUCAAGGUCCAUUACCGAACACUUGUCCUGAUUUUUGGCAGAUGACGUGGGAACAAGGCUCAUCUAUGGUUGUAAUGUUAACAACUCAAGUUGAACGGGGCAGAGUUAAAUGCCAUCAGUACUGGCCAGAGCCAUCAGGAAGCUCAUCAUAUGGGAAUUUCCAGAUUACUUGCCAUUCAGAAGAAGGAAAUCCUGCUUACGUUUUCCGAGAAAUGACGCUGACUAAUCUGGAGAAAGAGGAAAGCCGCCAACUAACCCAAAUCCAGUACAUAGCAUGGCCUGAUCAUGGGGUUCCUGAUGAUUCUAGUGAUUUCCUAGAUUUUGUGUGUCUUGUGCGAAAGAAGAGGGCUGGCAGAGAAGAACCUGUUGUUGUUCAUUGCAGUGCUGGGAUUGGACGGACUGGAGUUCUUAUCACUAUGGAGACAGCUAUGUGUCUUAUUGAGUGCAAUCAGCCUGUUUAUCCAUUAGAUAUUGUAAGAACCAUGAGAGAUCAAAGAGCCAUGAUGAUCCAAACACCUAGUCAAUACAGAUUUGUAUGUGAAGCUAUUUUGAAGGUGUAUGAAGAAGGAUUUAUUAAACCUUUACAAACAUCACUGCAUAAGUAAAGAGCAAAAAAAACCCCAGGAUAUCAAUUGAGGAAUCCUGUCCUCUAUAAUGAACUGGCAGCAUUUUUUGUGCCAUAAUACUGCUUGCAGGAAAUGAUAGUGAAGUACAGCAAAGAAUUGACAAAGGACUUUGAAAACUUCAGCACUGUUGCACUUUAUGUUGAAACAAAAUCAGUCUCUGAAACUCUUCUAACCUUCAUCUGUUCGAAGACUUUAUUUUCGUGCUUUGCUCCGAACAAACCAUAAACUGAAAGAACUAAUUAUGUUCAGGGUAAUCUACGAUAUUUUGUUGUAGUGCCAUAUACUGCGCUUCUGGUUGAAUUGCUACAAACAAGGCUUGGAAUUAUUUCACUCUGUUUUACACCCAUGUCUCUUAAAAUGAAAAAGAAAUGAAAAAAACACACUAAGCCAUGGUCUUUUUCCAGUGCUAGGUUUAUUUACUAUGUACAGACUCUCACUGUUUUGUUUUUUACAACAUUAGCAAUAUUGCCGUUACUAGAUAGAUACACACUGCCUACUGAUGCAGCACACUUUGUCCUACACCCUUACUAGAGACCAGCUGGUUGUUAGAGGAGAGCUGGCGUCUGUGUUAACCCAGCAGUAGCUGCAUAAUGCCCACUUACCAGCAUCUUGUACAAAAUAAUAACAAUAAAAAUAUAAAAAAAUAAACAGCAUUUCUUUGACACAGCUUGUGUGUCAUACACUGGUGUAUUCUGAUUCGUGUGACUUAAGAUUACGUGAUGGGAACUAGUGCAUGCAUUAUGUCUUAACCCCUUAAGUGCCUUGAGACUUACAGCGUACAUCCAGUGAAAGGCACUCACGAUUCUGUGGGGGUGGUAUUGUCCUGUCAUAUUUAUCUUAAUGGGUUCACAUUUUAAAAAAGGCCCUUGGUGCUUGGAAUGUGUUACCACAAGGGGUCAUGGAAAUACCAUUCCCUCUUUCUUUAUACAAGUACCUGCGUGCUACUCUCUGUAGCGAAAGCUCUUUUGCCAACUUAAUGAAUGAGCAUUGUAUGCUGCUGUGCUGUAAUUAUGUGAAAAAUCUGACACAUUCCUUCAUUCCUUCCAACUAGUAACUUACUAGCAGCUUACUAUGAAAUGCUGGUAGGGUCAUUAGAAGCUGAUACUUUCUUUUAUCCUUUUAUUGAGAAUAGCUGUCUUACUUGAUUAGAACAUAACUUUUUAAUAGCACUGAUAAUUAAGUUGAACUUACAAUCAGAUGUGAUUUAAUUCCAUUAUCUGCUAACCAAUUACUUGUUAAGUCCUCAUAGUUGAUUUCAAGCCAUGUUCGUACAGGUCUGCCUUUUAUUUUAUUUUAUUUUUUAAUUGUUUGGUUGGGGGGAAGGGAGGAGAACACUAUGAAGUUGUCCCAGAACUUUAUUUUAAUUCCAUAAUGACCCCAGUCGCCUUCUAUUAUGCUUGUACAAAAUUGUUCCAGUUGAAUAUGGGUUGCUUCUUAUUUAUGUAGGUAGCAGAUUUGUAAGAAAUGUCUGUCUGAUACAGUAUCUGAGCUCAUUCUAAAGAUACAUAAAUGUCCCACUUUUAAUAUUUUUCCAGUAUAGGAGAAACCAAGUCAGAAGCAAGGUAUCCAGUGUAAUGUACUGUAAGAAAAAAAUCAGUCACUUCUUUGAUUGCCCUGUGACGACAUAACUCUGUGCCCUCUAUUUAAAAGUUCUAAUUUAUUGUAUUGGUUUCCUGAAAAUGUUUAUCCAGUAAAUUUUGUUGUAAACUAUAUAGAGCAUAGAAUUAAAAUGGAAAGUUCUACGCUAAAUAAUUUUUAACUAUUGAAGAAUUAUAUUAUAUAAUAUACUGUGUUCUAUGGACAUUUGAAACAGAUCAGCUAUGAACUAUUAAUGAAAGGGGAUUCAGGCAAAGUUAAAUCCUGGCUUAGGACUUAGUAAUAAACAUGAACCACAAUGCCAAAUGGAAGAUAGAGUUUUAAAUAUUUUUAGAAAACAAAAUCAUAUUAGAUGGCCUGUGGCCCUGUUACUUAUAUUUCUAGAUUUGAUGUUUAAAUCAAUAUUAUCCCUCAGUGAAAAAUUAAUAUUACAAGAAUCUCUGGAUCUGAUAAACUGAAAAAGAGUAACAAGGUAGCUUUAAUCUCGGUUUUAUUUUAAGCCAUUUGCAACAAAAGAAAACUCCUCUUUAGAAUUCUUCUUUAACUUUCAUGUGACAAUUAUUAGCUGAGAUACUGGCUAGUUGGAAGGUUAUUUUAAGCUCGGCACUUAAUGUCUAAAAAUUAAAAUAAUUUAUCCAUUAUAUUGAAAUAAAUUUUCUUCAUAGUCAAGUUCUAAAUUAAAAUAGCAUUUCCCGUGUAUUCUGAGGGAAAUCAGACAUGGGAGUUUAUAGCAACAUUGUAUACUGUUGGUAUGUCACAUAUUUAAAUAUUCCUAUGUAAAGUUGCCAAAGCAGUUUGAGUUCAAAAGACCCAUUUAUACCACAAUUAAGUGUGGAAUAUUUAUUGGUUGUCUGUCAUUACUGUUUUGAUUACAAACACAGGCAAGAAUAAUAGCUCUCUUCAAAAUCUUCUUCUGCACUGGCUUAGGUGAAUUUGUAGUGUAUUAACUAGUGGCACUGGAGAAAAAAUGGAACAAAGUAACUAUUCUUAGAUAAUUGGCCAUCAGCGACUCAGUGGCUUUUUGGCUUCUCCAAAGUCAGGAUAGUGGUAACCAAAAACUGAUUGGGAAAGAGAAUAGCACUGAAGCCUUCCUGCACCAUAAAACUUUUGUUCAGAUGUUUCUACUUGUUGUGGUAUAAAUGGCCUUUAAAAUAUUUUUAUAUGGCCAAAAAAAAGCAAAACUGCUAAAUAUUUUACAUUGGGUUAUGAAGGUCUGUAUCAUCCUUAAGAGUUUUUUAAAAAAGUUUUUUUGUAUGUUUCGUGCUGUACAAAACAUGAAUGUAUCUUUCAGACAUAAUGACCUAUAGACCUAAACGUGAUUGGUGUUAUGACUGUUGGAUUUUAUGAAUAAUUAUUUUCAUACCAUUUGAUUAGGAAAAAUGUUGGGUGGGUGUGGGAAAGAGUAUGUUUGUAACACUUCCAUGAUGCAAAUCCAGUUAAGGGAAAAAAAAAAUCAUUGUAAAUAAGAGCAAUAUUAUGACAAUUUUGUGCCAAUGUAUAAUGUUAAGACUUUUGUUUUCCUUUUAGGUUGGGAUUGAAAACUACCAUUACCAUCUCUGGUUUAAAGUGUAUUAGAAGGGUUUUUUUGGUGGGUUUUUUUUUUUUGUAGAAAGACCUGGGGCUCUACUGGGGGCUUUAAAUGUUCGGGGGGGGGCUUUUUUUUUUUUUAAUUUUUUUGCUAAAUAUGAAAUAAGGUACAGGUAUUGUUUAAUAAACCACCUACAGAUUGUCAGCCAAUCCGCUCUGAGAAAUACUGCUUUAGAUUCUUCAGGUAACUGAGAGCUGAAGAAUUCAUUUAUCCUGAAUUUGGAAACAUUUGGUAUUUUAAGUAACUUGCAAGUCUUAAGCAGUAAAAUACUGCUGUUAUGCAUUUUAUUUUUAUAUAUUCUCUCCCAGUUAUGAAAAAGCCUGAUUUUUUUUUUUCUCACUACAUUUAAUGCUAGCUGAUGUUUCUUUCAUGUUUCUCCGUUAAAUCUUGAAAGCUUAUGUCCCAUAUAGAUAAAGCAAUAACACUUCUUUUAGAAUAUCUGAUUACAGUCUGGCAUACCAUCUAUUAGAGAAAGCAGUUGGGAGCUGGCAUUAAGGAACGUGAGAGUUUGUUAUGGAACCCAUGUAGCUGGCAACUUUCCGUGGAGACCUUCCAAAAAGCUUCGUGGUACCUGUGGAAGGGCCAGAAUGCAGCAGACCUGCUGCAGUUGCGCUGCCCAGGGCAACGGGAAGUAGGGAAGGUCUGGCAUAGAGAUGCUGGAGCUCCAGGUAUGCUGUGGAGCUGAAUUAUGUGGUAUUUUUAUGCUUCUGCAGUGUGUGUGCAGGUGUGUGGGUGAUGUUUGAUGGCUCAGGGAAUUGGCAUGAGCAUGAAAAACUCUACAGAUCCACCAAUUUCCAAGUAAAAGCAGGUCUUCCAAUAUUUAUGCUGUAGUUUUGACCAUAGAGCCACUAUUCAGCCAGUAUUCAAGACCCUCAGCCCUUUAUCAGUGAGGAUAAAAGGAGGGGUUGGGUUAUGGUCCAAAUUAAAAUUUUGCACAUUUAUACUUCCACAAAGUACAGGAGCGGUACCCUCUAAUGUCAGUUGUAGUCUCUUUGUAGCUCACAUUUCAGGUCCCAGGUUGGCUGGGUGCAUUUGCUCAUUUAAGUACCCACCUUUUGCCUUGAAACUGGAAAAGUUCUUUGCUAUUUAGUGCUGGGGUCCAAUAUCAAAGUCUGGUAAAAACAUACUCAUUGGUAGAUGUGGAUCUUGCAUGAAAUUGCAGGGAUUAUAAUUAGUGGUGAUUGGGUAGCUGUUAUGAGGGGAAAAUAGUUUGUUUCAGUGUAACUGUUCUGUCCAGUCUCUGUUACCCCACUGCAGUUAUAAAUUGAAACCCAUUGGUUGUUUGGGGUUUGUUUGUUUGUUUGUUUAGCAGUCUGCAAAGGAGGCCAGUUCGUUAUCACUGGAUUGUACCUCUGUGCUAGUUGCUACCACUAAUGUGCAUCUUCUCGGUUCAUAGGGCUUCUCCAGCUACAAGUUUUAACUGGUGCGUAAGUUUUAAGCUCUGGCUGUUGGCUGAGGCACAUUUUGCUUGUUGAGAGCACAGUGGUAAGAAUUUGAGAUAAAUCACUUUAAAAACAUGCUGAAAUUUCCAGUUAAAAAGAUUUGGACUUUUUGAUUUCUUCGAACCUGUAGCCUCAUUUUAAAACAAACAAACAAAAAACCAAACCACCACUGAAAUAUCUAUCAUUCUAGUCUGCUAGAGCAUGAACUAUGGUUUCACGGGCUGGCUGACAGUUUGUUGGUUGUGUUAUUUCGUAUUUAGCAAGCUUAUGCAUUUUAAAGGGUAGUUUUUUUCAAAGUGUUUUGAUGUUUGAAUAGUAGCACUUUAUCUCAUGCUUACUACUGACUGAACUAUUGGACAAAAUAAAUUGGGUAUGGAGAGAGAUGCUUAAUGGGUUUCUGUACAGAGAUGAUUUGGAUUACACUCUGGUACAAAUGUUUUCUAUUGUUCCAACCAUUUCUGGUUUGUUGCUCAUGCAUUUCUGAGGGACUUUCAGAAAAUAGAUAUUAAUAUUUCUAUCA